CGUAGUAGAUAGGAGACUACUGCAGAGAAAAAUAUCCCAUGGCUUCCAACGAUGCGGACAGUUCUUAUGCCGAAAAACCGGAGCAAAAUACAUUACCGGGGUGUAUUUUCUGUAAAAUUGCGUCGGGCAGUGAUCCGAGCACAGCAAUAGUGUUUCAAAAUGAACGUAUAUGUAUUUUCAAAGACAUUCGACCAGCGGCUGAAUUCCAUUUUCUGGCCAUUCCGAAUCAUCACAUAGAAAACGUGAAGUCGCUCACCGCUGCUGAUAAGCCUUUGCUUCAAGAAUUAAAACAAGAACUAGUGGCCGUUCUACGGGGUAAACAAAUCGAACCCUCCAAUGCUUCCUUUGGUUUCCACAUUCCUCCUUUUACGAGCGUAAAGCAUCUCCACAUGCAUGCAAUCGCGCCUACUACGAGCAUGGGUCUGAUUUCUAGAAUGAUAUUUCGUCCAAAUUCCAUGUGGUUCAAAACGGACGAUGCUAUAUUGCAAUCCCUUCCAAGUAAUGCUGCUGAAAAUUUGUAAAAGUCUUUACAAUGAAUUAUAGGAAAUGGUUUCUAACUUCUUGUUCGUCUGAAUAAAAAGUUGACACUGAGAACUGUUCUAA